UAGAGGCUUUAGGCAAUUGCUCGUCAUGUGAUGCAAAAAAUGUCAACAUUACCAACAAAUUACUAGGUGAAACAUCGGUCCUGUUCAUCAAUAAAUAUAGACUUUUUAUUACUGGCUUUUCCAAGCACAAAAUUCAUGUUAGACGUUAAUUUUUUUGGCUGUCACUGCGCAGGAUGGCUGUAUCUCCCAGUGGCCAGUCCUCCCUUGUACACAGCUUGGCCACACUCCUCCGAAAUGAUGGCGACUUGGUGCUGGAUGGCAGCAGCACGCUGACCCUGCCUGCAGCCAGCUUGCAGCAGCUUAACAGGCUGUUUGAACAGUAUUUGCUGUCCAGGAGCCAGCAGCACGGCUUCCUGGCUCUGCCCUCCCACCCUGCCGACACCGCCUCCCUGCUGCAGCUACAGUUCCUGUUCGAUGUCCUACAGAAAACCAUCUCCCUCAAGCUCAUCAACCCGCCCGGGGUGAGACUUCAGUCUGUGCUGAAAAUCUUCCCUUUCAAGUCUCUGAAGUGUUUGGAGCUGAAGCGUAUCCCCCCACACUGUCUAGAGGGACUUAGAGGAGUUUACUCCCAGUUGGAGGUCUUCACCUGCUCAAAGAGCCUCAGCUCCCUGGAGGAGCUGCUUUCCCUGUGUGGAGGUGACCUCAGUUCUGCACUGCCUUGGCUGGAACUGCACACCCUCAACUUCAGCUACAACUCCAUCGUCUGCCUUGACCAGUCACUAAGUUUACUGAACGUCCUGAAGUUUUUGGAUUUAAGCCAUAACAAGAUUCAGGAGUGUGCUGAAUUUCUAAAGCCCCUGAGUGAACUGGAGCACUUAAAUCUGGGCUACAACUGCCUGCAGAGGGUGCCAACGCUGGGCCUGAGUGCCAGGGCCAAACUCCUCACACUCAUCCUCAGGAACAAUGAACUAGAGACUAUAAAUGGAGUGGAACAGUUGUCCUCACUCCAGCACAUAGACCUGGCCUAUAAUCUUCUGUUGGAGCAUUCCCAGUUGGCGCCUCUCUCCCUGCUGCAUUGUCUCAACACACUGAACCUGGAGGGAAACCCACUGUACUUCCAGAAGACGCACCGCACUUGUACCGUCCGCCAUCUCUCCCCAAAGGCUGUCAACCUCAGGCUCAAACUUGAUGGCACUGAGCUGUCCUCAUCUGAGUUAUCAGUUUUGCCAAAACCAGGACAGCUGAUUGUCCAGGUGCAGACUUCUGCUCCACUUGCCCUGCCACCAGAACGGAGUAACCAGGAGGCGUCCAGUGGAGCCGGGGAGCUGAGUGACAGUAUGUCGGUUGGAGAAGUGGGAGUCUCACACAUUCGCAAGAAGAAAUCCAGGAGUAAGGUGAAAGUGCGGCGGGCCAGCAUCUCUGAGCCCAGUGAUACAGAUUAUGAGCCCAGACGAGUGUCCUCCACACAGGGUAUUGUCCUUCCUCACCAAGAGGAGAUUGAACGCAUGUCCAGCUUCAGAGAGCAGCUUGGUGAGGAUUGGCUGCGGUUCCAACACCAUCUAGAUAGAGCGUCCCCCUCUACCAUCACCACAGCUGUUAGCACCGACCAGCCAGCUCCUCAACACCAAACCCUCUCCAACGGCCUCAACGCCGCCACAUGUCCAUCCACCAUCGCCGAGCACCAGCCAGUGGACACGCUGGAAGUUCUCCCUCCACCGCUUCUCUCCUCAGAGCCAAGGAUGGAGACAGACAGUGUGGAUGCAGAACAAGAAACAGAGUCCACUCUAAAGUGGCGCUUACAGUCCACCUUAGAGGAGAGCACGGUGGAUGGUCAGGUGAUGAGCCAGGGAGCGGUCAGCUCACCUGGACCCAGUCUAGAGUCUCAGAUGUCGGCUAGAGCAGAGAGCGGAGACACCAAGGAGGAAGAAGAGGAGGAGGAUCUGGGAGUCGACCUGUGUCUCCCCCUGCUUGUUGGAGUCUUAUCCGACAAAGAAGAGGAAGACGACGAAGGCCAGGGUGAGACGAAGAAUAAAAAGAGGAGGAGGGAGGUGUUUCUGCGUGUCAAACAGGGCCUGUUGCUGGAAGUGGACAUGCAGAGCGGCCAGGAGAGAUGCAGACUAGAGCUGGACAGCUUGGCCGGGGUGGAGACCACAGAGGCCGCCUGGACCCAAGGGGAAACAGAAGAGAUGUUUCCAGCUGUGGAGCUUCAGUUCGACUACAUCAGCAGGGAGAAGAGGAGGAGGCGUUACGUCCUGCUGGAUGAUGACCCGCAGCAGGCACUUCAGGCUCUGACCGACGUGCUAUCUCAUGUGGCGGAGGAAAACCGGCGUCGAGACUCCGAACUCCGCCCCAGCUGUGUUCGUCUGCAGUGCCUUCGCUGCAGGUCAGAGUUCACCGCUCAGGGAGGAAGGAGCGAAGAGGAGGCGGGAGGGAGAGUGAGGAGUAGAGGGGCUGCGAUUCUACCGGAGAGUGGGGAAGAGCGGGAUGAGGAGGAGUCGACAGAGCGCGAUGACAACAGCAAAGGAAACACCAACAUUUGUCCGGAGUGUGGUAGCGACCAUGUGGUCCAGCUGGCUGGCCAAUCAACUCCAUACUGCAGCACACCGAUCCGCCGUCCAUCAAAGCCAGACAGCGAGGACGACCAUCUCGAUAUAACUCAGAGCACUCGCAGUGCCAAUAAGGAGGAUUACACAGAUGCCAGUAUUAGCAGCAGUCCCAUUCCUGAAGCUGCCGUCACCACAGAAGAUCCCACUUUUGUCACGGCUCAGGGAAGCUCCUUCUUCAUCGGGGAAGGUCAGAGUGAUACCUGCAGUCUCUCCUACAACACAGAGUGCCAAAGUAAAGAGGAUCUGGCCGGGAGUUACCGCUACACCGCUCUCGAUGCUACACCACCUGGAAUCCAAUCCCAACCUACAGGAAGAGCUACACCGAAUGAUGAUUUGGACCUGCUGUCUGAAGACUAUGAGGCGGUGGAUCAUCGCCUGAAGCUGUUCCUGGAUGUGGAGGUCUUCGAAGAGGAAGAGGAGGUUCAUUCUUUUCUUAAGAUGUCUGCCGUCAGAUUCGGGGAGCCGUGGGAGGUUCCCUCUCUGUUGGUGGUAUCAGACCAGCGGAUCUACUUUCUGGAAAUGACAUCAGAAACCCACAGAGGUCAGCUCUCUGAUUGGCUGCAGAAGAAGGACAGCCACCCAAUCAUGGAGCUGAGCUACCUGGAGGUGGGGCUGGGCUCUCAGAGCAUCCACAUGGAGUUUGGAGACGGGGGCGUGGCUUACACCCUCCUCGUGAGGGACAGUUUACGCUGCAAACGCUUCUUUGGCCUCUUGACAGGAAUCGUGCGUGAGAUGGCUCACAAGUCAGACAGCAAGCUAAACUCCAUCUCUACUACAAGACUCAACCCUCAGCACCAUCUCUGGCCUCUAGUGUGCGAGGACAUUCAGGCAGAUGUGGAGGACGGCCAGCUGCAGUUCUUCUAUAUUCUGGCUUUCGUCCUGCAAGAUGACAUUUGGAUGCCCUUGACAGUCCUGGCAACAAGAGAGACUCUCUACCUGCUCAAAGAGGAUCAUCAGUGGAGGAAGAGCUCCAACCAGCUGACAGUCAGUGACAACAAAGAGCCGAGCAGCGGGGGCUUCACUGUUCUAGAAACGCUGCCAAUCAGCUGCGUGAGCUCCAUCCACCUGUGGCCUUCGGAUGAGUGCAGGAUGGAUAUUAAGCUUUAUGAUGAGACUGUGAAACAAGAGAAGACCUGGUGUGUGCGCUCGGAGAGCAGCGAGCUCCUCCAGGGUCUUCUGGCCUGGGUCAGAGCACAGUGGGAGGCCAUGUUCGGAGUAAAACUGCACACAAGCCUUCAAGACAAAGAGGCAUAAUGGGGGAGGCCAACAAAAAAAAAAAAAAAAAAGUUACAGACUUUGUGUAUGCGUGCUCCUGUGUGUUUUGCGAGCAUGGAUCUGCGUGUUGGUCCUGGGAAAUGUUUACUGAGCGUGAGCGAGUGUGUCUUUAUUUUCUCUCUACACAAUCUGCACUCAGUCUGGUCCCAUUACGCUCAUUGCUUUCAUCGUUUUUUAAGCCAAGUACUUGGAAAUGAUUGCACUCAUUCAUGUGGUACACAAGCCUAUAAAAGCACUGGUUGCAUAAGAUACCACAUAUCUAGAUACCAUCCCACUGAACUUUUCUACAGCUGAAACGGAGUGUGCCUUGUUUCCUUUGCAGCUGCCACGUUUUCUUAUUGAAAUGCACCUUAAUGCAUCUCAUUGUGUUCUUAAAGCAUUGUAGCAUCCUGCUAAGAUGGAGCAGAUUUAAGGUUUUGGAACUAAAAGAGCAUUAAGUUGGGAAGGAGAAGGUUUUUAGGGGAGUAAUGAAAAGGAGCUGAGCCCAAAAUAUGUAUGUGCUCUCUAUGUGCGUGUGUGCGUAAAUCCAUUCCCCCGCCCCCACCUCGUUAAGCUUGACAUCGCCAUCUUAGGGUGCAGUGAGUUGUGACAUCACGCGCUCAACAUGAGGCUCGGAGGUGCCUCCGAAAGGUCAAGGCUCGAGACGCUGUCAUCGAGGGUUCCCUCGCACCUUUUCCUCCCAAUUAGGGUCUCGUGAUGCGUUUCUGCACUUUGUCAUGUGAACUGUAAAAAGGAUCCCAGAGGUGCAAAGCUGCAGAAACUCCUCAAAGAUGAAAAAGUAGCAGUAAAGCUUGGGAACAGAUUGUGUUUAUUUGUAGCCUGGGUCUGUUUUUUGUUCAUUUCCAGGUUUAAUAUGAGGAAAAAAACUGUUAUCAUUUGAUAAGUGUGGUACAUUUAUAUUACUCAAUAUCAUAAGUAAAUGCUUUAGUUAAUAUUCAUCGGUAAAAUGUAAUUGUAGCCACUGUGACGUCUUUAUUAUCAUCAUGUACAGAUGCAGUAAAGAUCAAAAUCUCAGCACUGUUAAUGUCAGUUUAGAGAAACCAGUAUAACUUAAUUUAUUUCUUUGCUAGCAUUUUUUUUUCCAUAAUGGGUUGAUGCAGAAAACUCUUUAUUUUUAUAUGAAUUUAAAAAAAGAGGUGACAUAUGUUUGUGUAUGAUGUAUGAUAUAUAUAAUUCAAUACAAAAGU